AUGGAGGUAUUAGUCUCUCUACUUCAGUCUCGACACAAGGAGAUUCUGCUAUCUGAACGCGCUACUUUUGCUUCACCCUGGCUAAUAAACAUAAUACUCAGCAAGCAGUGCGCAUUAUGUGCUGCAAAGAACAAGAAGUUGCUUGGUUGGGAUGAGCGGUUUAGGACUUAUGUGAACGCAUCUGAUGCUCAGUGGCUUGAAGAAGUGGAAACAGUUUAUGUCCCAAUGGUUUUGGAUGACAAGCAUUGGGUUGGCUUAGCAAUCAAUUUGAAGAUGUGGCUAAUUGAAGUCCUAGCCACAUCUUCAAGAAGUGAACACGGAACCCAGCAACACAGGUACAAGCCGUUUAUGUUACAGCGCGCAAGAGGCCACUACAAGAACAUCCAUUCUGGUGAUUGUGGCCCACUAGCGAUGAAGCUUUUGGAGUUGCAUGCCAAUGGUGUCAAUAACGACGAAAUCACCAAUUUAACAGAUGUGAAAGUUAAUGAGCUUAGAAAGGCCUACGCGAUGGACAUAUACACAGAGGUUGUCCUUCCUCUGUAUUUCCCUUAA